AUGUUCAACGAACUUCCUGAAGUCUUAGAAGCCAUCAAAUCAACCCGUUUCGAAAUUGUGAUAAAAAACGAGAAUCUCGAAAAAUCCACAGAAUCUGAUCAAAACCCAGCUUUCGAACAAUUGGAACAUCUCAAUUUGCUCUCAAUAACAUCCUCAAAAUUAUGUGAAAUCUCCCAGAAAUUAUCGAUUUGCUCGAAUUUAUUGUCGCUGGUCUUGCCACGAAAUGAUUUAAAGGAACUUCCGGACAUUUUUGGCGCGUUUUUGAAAUUGAAAUUCAUCGAUUUGUCGCAUAAUCAACUGGAAAAGUUGCCGGAAUCGAUUUCGAAAUUGGAAAAAUUGGAAUCGCUGAUUGUGGCCAAUAAUAAACUUGGUCAAGAUGGUUUCCCGGAUUUAUCCGAACUCGAAAAUUUGCACGUUUUUGAUGGCAGUUUCAAUUUAUUCGACCGAGUUGUCAUAACUCUAACAUCUGAAAAUCUUGGAGCAAAACUUCAUACAAUUGAUUUGUCGAAUAAUCGAAUUCAGGAGAUUCCGGAGGAUUUGACGAAUUUGCGACAAAUCAAGGAACUUCGACUGAAUUCGAAUAAAUUGGGGCCGAUUCCAACUGCUAUUGCACAUUUACCCAAAUUGAAGACACUCGAUUUAUCGGAAAAUCCGUUUAAAGUAAGGGUUUUGGGUUGAGUUAUGACGUGGCAUUAAAAUUCUGCGUUUUUUGAUAUAAAAUUGUACAAUUCACGAAAAACUGCAGAAAUUUUGAAAUUUACAACAAAUUUGACGACAAAUUGCAGAUUUUUUGAAAUUCACAUCAAAUUUGACGGGAAAUUGCAUAAUUACAUCAAAAUUUACGAAAAACUGCAGAAAUUUCGAAUUUUACAUCAAAUUUGACGACAAAUUGCAGAUUUUUUUGAAUUUUACACUGAAUUUGACGAAAAACUGCAGGAUUUUUAAAUUUUACAACAAAUUUGACGGGAAAAUUCAGAAUUUUUGAAAUUUACAUCAAAUUUACGAAAAAUUGCAGAUUUUUUGAAUUUUACAUCAAAUUUGACGCGAAAAUGCACACUUUCACCCCAAAAUCAUCAAUUUUUCCAGGAUACCCGUCUCAAAAAAUUGGCCAACGAUAAACGUGCCAAAGUCUCAGCUGUGAUAGCUUAUAUUGCCAAAAAUGGACCAGCUUUGGGAACUCGCAAAACAUCUGAAAAUCUGGCUGAAAAUCAAGAAAUUUUGGAUGAAAAUGAUCGGGUUUCAGGUGGGAAAACAGACAUUUUUUUGAAAAAAUCUGAAAAUUUUAAAAUUCUUGCAGAAUCGGCUGAAAAUCGACUGAUUGUUCGAGUUGGAAUCGAUGAAUUGACUGUGAAACGACAUCCGUCAGUUAGCGGAAUUCGACCGUAUUUGGUGGCUACCGUAUUCAAUAAUAUUGAUUUGGAUGGAGAAGGUUUUCGGAAAUUUAUCAGUUUGCAGGUGAAUUUGGCUGAAAUUUUGGAAGUUUUCAGCCAGAAAUUUUGCAGACAAAACUUCACGCUUCUCCCUUUUGUGAAAAUCGAGCUUUGACUGCAAUUGGAACCCACAAAUUGGACGCUUUUCAACUUCCGAUAACUUAUAUGGCAUUGCCGAAAGAUGAUUUGCAUGUGGGUCAAAAAUUCCAUGAAAAUUGAGCCUGAAAUCCACGUAGGAAAAAUCAGAAUUUUUAAAUUUCGCUCCAAAAACUCCGCGUUUUUUUUUCAAAAUUCAAAAAUAUAAAAUUUUCAAAAUUUUAAAUUUCGUGCCCGAAAUCCACGUGGAAAAAAUCAUAAUUUUUUUUUGAAUUUCUAAAUUUCGCUCCCAAAACUCCGCGUUUUUUUUUCAAAAUUCAAAAAUAAAAAUUUUCAAAGUUUUAAAUUUCGUGCCCGAAAUCCACGUGGCAAAUUUUGAAUUUUGUGAAUUUUCUGAAUUUUUUUGAAUUUUCUGAAUUUUUUUUUUGAAUUUUCUGAAUUUUUUUUUGAAUUUUUAAAUUUCGCUCCAAAAACUCCGCGUUUUUUCAAAAUUCAAAAAUAAAAAUUUUCAAAAUUUUAAAUUUCGUGCCCGAAAUCCACGAGGAAAAAACCAGAAUUUUUAAAUUUCGCUUCAAAAACUCCGCGUUUUUUUCAAAAUUCAAAAAUAAAAAUUUUCAAAAUUUUAAAUUUUGUGCCCGAAUCCACGUGGCAAAUUUUGAAUUUUCUGAAUUUUUUUUUGAAUUUUCUGAAUUUUUUCGAAUUUUCUGAAUUUUUUUGAAUUUUCUGAAUUUUUUUUUUGAAUUUUCUGAAUUUUUUUUUGAAUUUUUAAAUUUCGCUCCAAAAACUCCGCGUUUUUUUCAAAAUUCAAAAAUAAAAAUUUUCAAAAUUUUAAAUUUUGUGCCCGAAUCCACGUGGCAAAUUUUGAAUUUUCUGAAUUUUUUUUUGAAUUUUCUGAAUUUUUUUCGAAUUUUCUGAAUUUUUUUUUGAAUUUUCUGAAUUUUUUUUGAAUUUUCUGAAUUUGUUUUGAAUUUUCUGAAUUUUUUUGAAUUUUCUGAAUUUUUUUUGAAUUUUCUGAAUUUUUUUCGAAUUUUCUGAAUUUUUUUUGAAUUUUCUGAAUUUGUUUUGAAUUUUCUGAAUUUUUUUUUCGAAAUUUCUGAAUUUUUUUUUCGAAAUUUCUGAAUUUUUUUGAAUUUUCUGAAUUUUUUUUUAAAUUUUCUAGCUGUCAUGGGCUCAAAAAAUUCGGUGCCCGACAAAAAUUCGGUGAAAAUCAAAGAUUUUCAGAUUUUUUGACCUGAAAAUAAUGAAAAAUAAUGAAUUUUUGCAGAUCCGAGCUCUCAACAAAAAAUCGAGUGUUUCCGCCGCGGAACUCCUUGACAAUUUGUUGCGCGACGCGGAAUUGGCGCGAAAACGCAGCAAACGCAACACAAUCGAUCCGCUUCAUAGAUAUUUGCAUAUAGUUCGAGAUGAGCCGAUUUUGGCGUGCCACGUGGAUGCGCAAGGUUUGGUGAUCAGUUUGCCGCCAAUCACCAACUCGGAUUCGACUAAAGUGAGGAUUUUUGGGGGAAAUUUUUGAAAAUUCUGCAAUUUUACGUUGAAUUUGGUGUUAAAAAUUGAAAAAUCUGCAAUUUUACGUUGAAUUUGGUGUUAAAAAUUGAAAAUUCUGCAAUUUUACGUUGAAUUUGGUGUUAAAAAUUGAAAAUUUUGCAUUUUUCGGAUCAUUUUACGUUAAAUUUCAUGAAAAAUGGGGUUUUUUCUAAAUUUCCCGCUUCUCCUCGAGAACUACACGAGAACUAGAAAUUAUCAAAAAAUUCAAAUCUCCCGCCAAAAAUUUUGGUCUUUUUUUUUUCAAAGCUAGGCUUAUUUAGGGCUGAUUCACGAACGAAAAAAAGGUCAAAAUUAGUUUUUCGAGUUUUUCAGCCAAAAAUGAUGACAAAUCGAUAUUUUUUAAGCUUCUGCAGUAAUUUUUGAUUAAAAUUGACCUUGGAAUUCACUUUUCAGAAGGUUUUGCUGAUUUUUCGUAGAAUUCCGAGCAUUUUGACACCAAAUACGGUUAUUUUUUGAGAUGCACUAGAAAUGCGCCAGCAAGUUCUAUAGCUAUUGCUGGCGCAAUUUUGGUACCUCUCGGAAUUCUACCGUGUUUAGUGUCAAAAUUGGCAUUUUCGUGAUCUUCAUAAAAUUCUGGUUGGUUUGACACCGAACAUGACGCAUUUUUGAUGUUGCACCAGAAAUGCGCCAGCAAGCACUAUAGGUCUUGCUGACGCAUUUUCGGUGCACCUCCAAAUAUAACCCUAUUUGGUGUCAAAAUUAUCAGAAUCCCAUAUGAAUUUCAAAUUUGAUUUUUCGCAACAUUUUUUUGUUGACGCAUUUCCGGUGCUGACGCGAUUUUUGUAGCUACGAUUUUUACGUCAGCAAAAGGCUUUUCGAAAAAAAUCAUAAAAUAAAGCAAAAUCGGGUUCUCGAAGCUUAUUUUAAUCAGAAAUUACUCCAGAAGCUUGAAAAAUAUUGAUUUGUCAUCAUUUUUGGCUGAAAAACUCGGAAAAACUGAUGUUUUUUCGACAUUUUUUGACUUUUCGUGAAUUGAUCUUUCGAUGUUAAAAAAACAUUUUUAAAAAAAUUUUUCGUUUGUGAAUCAGCCCUUCUAAAUUUCCCGCUUCUUCUCGAGAACUACAAAAAAUUCAAAUCUCCCGCCAAAAAUUCUGGUCUUUUUUUUUUACCAAAGCUAAGCUUAUUUACUAUCAAAAAAUCCCGAAUUUUCGCGUCAAAAUUCAUAGAUUCAAAAAAUUUUGCAGCUAACCACUGAUACAACUCGAGUUUGGGUCGAAGUCACCUCGAAAAUCUCGCUUGAAGCGUGCAAAAAAACGAUGGAUGAAUUGGUUUUGCAAAGUCGCCUGAUAUUCCCCGAACUUUCGCUGGAUCAAAUUCGAGUUCAAGAAUCCGACACUCUCGUUUCGAUUUAUCCCGAUAAACACGAUUUGGCUGGUGUCGAACUUCAACGGGUUACUGUGUAA